UUUUUUUGGCAUAAUGUUUAUAGCAAAAAAUAAUUAUUUAAUUUUGUUUAUUUUAUUUAAAUAUUCUGUGGCUGUCAGAAAUAAAGAAAUUGAUGAAAAUUAUCAGCGUUUAAUUCCCUUAAAUCAAAUACCAAAUAAUUGUGAACAUUCUAAAGAUAAUGAAGUAAAUUCUGAACCAGCAAAAGAAUAUGGGUUUGUUGAAAAUAUUGGGUUAGAAAAAUGUAAAGUUUGGUUAGAUGAAGAACAAAGUACUUCUAGUGAUGAAAAUGGGCAUUAUGAACGUUAUAAAUGUAAACACUUGAGAGUUCACGGCCAUUUUAAUGAAGAAACUGGCAAAUGUGAAUGUAAAACCAAUUGGAAGGGGCUAAUAUGUAAUGAAUUUAUUGGUUGUCCAGUUAAUUAUUCGUAUUUCCUAAAUGUUUGUACACCAAAUGUUUGUCAACAUGAUGGACAAUUAGCAUUAGGUUCUAAACAUAUUGAAUGUAUUUGUAAAGCACCUUGGGAUGGAAGGUUUUGUGAAAGACUUGCUUGUUGGAGAAUGGCUGAUAAAGAACAUGAAAGACGAUGGAGAAAUUCAAUAGAUCAUUGUAAAUGUGCAGAUAAUUAUUCUGGUGAAAAUUGUGAAACAAUAAUAUCCUGCCAAAAUGGGGAAUUUAUUAAUGAAAAGUGUCAAUGUGCAGAAGGAUGGACAGGGGAAAUUUGUGACCGUAAAUGUACUCCUGGUCAAACAUGUGGCGCUGAUUCUUUACUUUUUGGCAAUCAAAUUAUAACAUUUUUAAUUAUUUUAUUUACUUGUUUAAUGGCUUUUAUAAACAGAUUGAUGGAAAUCUAGUUAUUAACAAAUUAUUAUUUUUCUCUCAAAAUAAUUUUUUCCGUAGAGCUUUCCCAAAUAUUGAUAUUUGAAAAUAUUAUUUUUUUGUUUAAAAUACAGUUUGACUCAUUAUAAAAUACCCUUUAGUGAUAAAAAAUUGCAACUUAUAAGGGAAUGUAUAUGAAAUAGAGGGUCUUUAUUUAGAGGAUUUUUAUUUUAAAUCCUUACAUCCUAUGACCAGCAAGAUUUAAAGAAUUCUGGAUAUAUCUUUAUAGCAGGGGUGGAUAUCCAGCCUCUAAGCAGGGCUGGAUAUAUCUUUAUAGCAGGUCCUGAUACCCUAAACCCAAAUUUUUUCUCAACCCUUACCAUCCCUGCUUUAUAGUGAGGCCAAACUAUUAUGUAGUUUGUAUUCUUCUCAUAAUUAAAAUUUAAUCUCUUUUUUCUUAUUUUUAUUUCAUUUCUUUUAUAUUAUUUUUUAAAGUAUUGUGAAUAAAUAAAAUUUUUAAAGUUGA